AGAGAGAGAGAGAGAGAGAGAGAGAGAGAGAGAGUGCUGUUUACAUAGUAAUACACAACUCCUGGGCCAAAGUAAAAACGAGCGAGAACUUGUUUGGAAGGAUGGUGUCAUUCGUUUUCCAGACUGAAAAGCACAGGGGGAGGGUCUAAUAGCUGUAGAGGGGAAGAGAGAAAGAGAAGUUACCAUUACAGUCAACUCUUACUCAGCCUGGACCCACAGAAAGAGAAGAACAAAAGGAAGAGGGGGAAGGAAAAAGGAGAUACACAUUGCAGCUGUAUUAACAGGAUAAAUACACAAAAUGGAGGACUCCAGCAGCAGCAAGCCGUUCAUGAUGACAUCCUCUCUGAACUUCAAAGUCACCACACCGUCCUUCUACAACCAGCCAAAGAAGUUUGCCUCUGUGGCAGCACCGCGGCCCAAAAGUCUGACGCCCCCCUCAGCUCCAUCACCGACACCAAUAGGCACAGCUGUGAUUGGUCGAGUGGGAGAUCUGCCUCCACCGCCCCCUUCGCUCUGUGAUGACUUCCCACCCCCCCCUCCUCCUCCUCCCCUGGAUGAUGAUUUGCCAGCCCCUCCCCCCGAAUGCCAAACCACACCCUCUUCCUCUGAGGCGCCCCCUCCCGCCUUCCCCGCUCCACCACCAGUGGCAGAUGACCUGCCCCUCCCCGCGCCCCCUGAAGAGAGUGCCUGUCCGCCCUCCUGCCCGUCUCCCCCUCCUCCUCCCCACCCCCCCCCACCUCUCCCUGCCUCCGGUACCAGUAUUCCCAGUGCUGCUGGAAACCCACAGAGACUUGUGGCGAAGCAGACGAGCUUCGAUCAACAGCUCGACACUCUAACCGACUUGCUGUCUGAGAUGGAGACCAGGGGACCUUUUAACCCGAAGGUACAAACCAGUAAUUCUUCAGCACCAGCACCCAAGCCGUCAGCUCCUCCCCCGACCGCUCCGAAACCAGCUCUCUCCUUCCUCCCGCCCCCUGAGAUGGGAGACCGCCCGCCUCCAGCGCCCUGGGCAGAAGAACUCAAAGCCAGAACGAACCGACAAGCCAAUCACAACUCUGCACCAAACUCUGCUGCUCAGUCGUUUGCUAAGGCCCCGGCUGUGGCCCCCAAGUCUGGUUUCGGAGGGAGAACGGCAACGUCAUCAACCUCUCUGGCACAAAAACUGAACCAGAACCUGAACCAGAACAUCGCCCCAAUCGCUGUUGCACCAAAACCUUCCCCUUCCUCUGCCACCAGCUCUUUCCCUCCACCUCCCGCAGCUCCCCCCGCAGCUCCCCCCGCAGCUCCCCCCGCAGCUCCUCCAGCAGCUCCUCCAGCAGCUCCUACUCCUCCGAACAAUAUGGCGGCUGCCCCGGCCUUAAACCACAUAAAGAGUUCUCCCUUUGGCAGUCAGGUGAAUGCAAACCAAAACCCUCCUGCUGCUGUGCCUCCUCCUCAACCCAAGAUGAUGGCAGCUACCCCCUCCUCUUUUAUCCAACCAAUGAAAACUGCUCCUGCAUCAACACCCUCACCCCCUGGCCCAGUUGCUAUCCCAGGUGGAGGCGUUCCUCUGAAUAUGAGGGAAGUGGAGGAGCUGGAGAGAAUGACCAAGGACUUCAUUAAAGACAUGGACACACACGCACCUGUCAUCACCUCCCCUCCUACUGAGGUCUGUGGGAAGUGUGGGGAGUGUCUGUCCCGCACUCAGCCAGCAGUGAGGGCCAUGGAUAAACUCUUCCACUCCAACUGCUUCUGUUGCAUGAGCUGUCACCGCCCCCUGCAGGGCAUGCAGUUCUAUGACCGGGACGGUGCGCCUCAGUGUGAUGACUGCUACACGAGUUCCCUGGCAGUGUGUUCCCGGUGUGGGGAGAGGAUCACAGACCGCGUGCUGAAGGCAGUGGGCCAGUGUUUCCACUCCCACUGUUUCCGCUGCAGCACCUGUUCCUGCACACUUGAGGGGGCGCCCUUCAUCACCGAUGACAACAACAACCCCUACUGUGUCCAGGAUUACCACAGACGUUUCUCCCCUCUGUGUGUGAGCUGUAAUGAACCCAUUAUCCCAGCCCCGGGCAGCGAGGAGACAGUCAGAGUGGUGGCUCUCGACAAGAACUUCCACCUUAAGUGUUACCGUUGUGAGGAUUGUGCUCGCCCUCUCUCCAUAGAGGCGGAUGAAAAUGGCUGCUAUCCAUUAGAUGGCAAGAUCCUGUGUAUGAAGUGCCACACCCAGCGAGCCAAGAAAGCUGCUCAGUGAUUGGCUGAAGCAGCGUGACUCAGAUUAACUAUGAACCAAAAUCCAAAAGCACAGGAUUCAUUCAGCUGCCGUUUUGCCUUUGCAACAGGGCUUCAUUCAGUGUGUGUGCAGGUGUGAGUGUGAAUGAGGCGUGUGAAGUAUGUUUGCAUGCAGAUCCAGUGUAGUAUUCCCCUCGUCUGUGUUCACUUCAGUGCGGAGGUAAUGUACUGCACUUGAAAUAACCUCCCCUCAUCUUUUAUUCCCACCCUUCCUCUCUCCACCCCCUCCUCCAGCCCCUCCUCCACCCUCUUUGUGUCCUAUGACUUAUUUUUUGUGCCAAUUCUAUGUUUACGCUAAAAUAUUUCCAGCAUAACUUGCACAAGAACAGUUUGGUCAGAAGAGCAGUGUGAUGAAUAUAGAGUUGCCUUUCUUUGUCUCUCGCCUCCAUAUUGUUAGUAGCAGCAUUAACUCAGAUACUUUCACUGGCCGGGCUCUCUCCCUAUGAGCAGUGUUACUGAGACGGAUCGUUAGCAUAGCGUGAGGAGAACCACAGACCUCCCAUUGACCACGCUGCAGAUUUCACCACUCUGGUUGGCUGUGAGAAUAUCUUUAACACUUUGGCAGUUGUUGUGCCUGCAAGCAUGGUUAUUAUGCUUUCCUGCCUAGAAAGUGCUUUUUAUCAGCCGAUCUGUCGUCGAGGGCUAAACGUUGACUGCACGAAAAGAUAAAAACAGUGAAUGUUGCUCUUAGUUUUACUGUGAUGUGAAUUUGAUAAUUCACAGGCAUGCGUUGAAUUAUGUCUUGUAGCGCUCUCUUCUUGAUCAUACAGACUGUAUACGGGCAAGACUAGAACACACAUGCCUUCAUAAAUACUUUAACUGUAUUUUUACAUGCAUGCUUUUUGGAUGCACAAAUUAUGAACAAGCACAGAGUCCAUUCCAUGGAUCUUAUAAAACAAACACAUGGUCAUAAAGGUCAGCAGCAUGGCUGAAAACGGGACCUAUCGUGAUCGCUGCACAGUUCCAUAGUGAAACAAAACAGCCUUUAAGUGUCACUGUGACUCUAAAGCCCCCGCACAUGAUCAAUUUUGUAUUAGACACCAUCUAGAAACAUAAUAGUAGUUUUUGAUAUGCAUCUCUUGCUUUAAAUAACAUCAUUUAUGGACCAUUUGUUUUAAUGAGGUAUUAAGGUUGUGUACUAACGUCACCUGUCCUGACAGCAGGAUGAUAGAUGAGCAUUAUUAGCUUUUAGUUUUAGGUGACGAUAACAAUUAGUGAGCGAAUAUGUUGAAGCUGUCGGCAGAAUUAAGGUUAAAACGGUUACAUGAGAUUCAAUGUUUUGACUUUCAUGUGUGUUUUAUCACCGUCUGUUCUAUUGUUACAGUAAAUACCACUAUUACUUCCAUUAUCCACCUUUUGUACUUUUGAACUUUGCCUGUUCAUGUCGGUUAUUUACUAUUUUACUCUUAUCUUACUGUACUUCAUUGAUAAAUGCUUCUCCACUAUUGUAUCCGUGUUCUUUUUUAACUGAGCCUGGUUUGCAGCUACAGAAAUUCAUUCCACAAAAAGAAAGCCGUUGUUUCUUGUGCUUGCAUUGAGCCUGUCGCAGUACAACAGCACAACGACAAACAUGGCGAUAGUUAUUCAGCGUUGCAUGCUAUGUGUCUGUGGUGGGGGCAUUAUGUCUUCACCUCCGUGGCCCUGCCUUCGUCAUCACUAUGUGAUAUUAAACGUAUGAUGAUUCCUCCAUAGUUGCAUUUAUCUGGCGCUUUGUUGUGUUAUGUCAUAUUGUAUUACAUGCCUUGUCUUUUCAUAUAACUUUUAAAAAAUAAAUUCCUGUUUGAUAUGUGUGAAUGUGUAUAUGUUUAAAAACAUUAUUUAGCCCUCGCCCCCUUUCGCUGUAUCAAAAGUUAAACAAAUAAAUACAUACAAUUCUAAAUGCCAAA